ACGCUCGAUGGGCAGUAAUUCUUGUUUGUCCCGAGUUUCGUUGCCUCCUUUUUUUCCUUAUUUCUUAUUUUUAAUCUCAGACCACGCAACGAGGAGCCUCUUGCGGGUGCCCCCGUCCACGGCCUCCGAGCCUCCGGGGCUAUCAGUUUUGGUUUGUUUAUUUUCUAUUUUCCUCUGCCCACAAUCGAGUUGCUGGGAGUUGCUCUGGGACCAACCCCGUGGCUCCGUUGAACUGGACGGAUGUCAAAGCUGUCGCUCGUCGCCGUCGGAGUCGGAUCCACAGAAGUGUCCGUUCCCAGCGCUCCUAUGCACACACAAUCGGACGGACUAUGUACCGGGCACUGGGUGGUAGGCGCACAAUUGUUUGCACAAUCCGGUGACGGCCCACGGAUCGACACCGAGGGCCGCAGACGUCCUGGGCCGUAGACACAGCCUACGAGUAAAAACCACACAGCUGUAGAUAACACACAUUAUUGGUCGGAUGACGGUUUUCUUACCGUUACGCCCGGCGGCACCAUCUUGGUCGUCGCUGCGUUUGAAUGCGCUGGACACAACCAGCCCCCUCUCUCCGCUACCAGCACACCAACGGAGUUGCCCUCCUUAUCUUAUCAGCAAGUAUAUUUAACCAUGAUGCCACCCAUCAUUAUUCCCAUUUACUCACUGGAUCGACCGAUCCCUGGCUGGCCGACGGCCGUGAACGGGUGCACUCCAGAAAUGGCUGCCAUCGCUGGGCGAGCGAGAGAGAAGCGGGAAAGUUCCAGCUUACGCCGUCCACCAGCGGCGGCCCAGACUGGUGACAUCGGCGGCCGAGGUCGCUUCCAAACGCCCCUUUUUAUGCUGCUGCCGAAGCUGAUCGGGUACGCCAUAUGCUUUUACUCGUACUCAACGUGGCAAGGAAAGUCUCUGGCCCUGGAGGACAUCUACAUUCGGCCGCAGUACCGACGGCACGGAUACGGCGAACAUUUCUUCAAGGCACUCGCUAGGCAUGCACGUGACAAUCACUGCUCGCGGAUCGACUUCCAUGUGCUGGACUGGAAUCCGGCUACCAGCUUCUACCGACGGAUGGGUGCGCUGGAUCUCACCGAAGCCGAGAGCUGGCACUUCUAUCGUUUGCCAAAGGAUGCCAUCGUUGCGCUGUGUGACGAGUGAGAUUCGAAAUAGCUUCUGGUUCCCUUGAAAGGACCCACCCUGCGAUUUUAUUGCAAGUAUUAUAAACGUCCAGCUAGAAAUACAACAACAUCUAGAACCUACAUUUCGUUCCCACCACACAAAUGUAUCAAUUUAUUACGGUGGUUGUGUCCAACAACGGAGGUGGAGUUGCCGGCUUUCCAUGUUCCAACAUCAGGUGGCACUUGUUUUCCGCUUCCUUCAAAAUAAGUACAUUCCCCACCAGAUUGACCAGAUAGACUAGUACCACCAUGAACAGUGACGCAUUAUACAGACAGUUGAAACAUCCGUUGGGCAGCGGCUUACUGCACCUUAACCGUUCGAACAGACCCAUAAAUCCGUGAAGGAACUAGAAACAUUAAACGCAUGGCGGUUUCAUUAGUGCCCUUGCAACGCACACGGGGGCAUCACACUUACCAGCAGCACGAGCGAAAUGCCAAAAAGUCCCAGCAAUAAAUAAUACAACAUCCCGAGUC